CCAAACACGAUGGAUCGACGGAAUUUGGCCAAUCGGUCUAGUUUAGCCUGAGCGUCGAAGGCCAACCUCAUACCAAUGUAACCCUGUAGGGGCGAAAAACCGAUGCGUCCGAGAUCGGGUCCCGGAGUUGAUAAAUGCAUACGUAGCAGGGUAGGUCCACUCGGUUGCUUGUGCAUGAUCAGGUAGGACCGAGGUCGGGGCUGUACAGUGAAUCGAGAUGUUGAUGUAUGUCGAGGAAUGAGAAGUUGUUGGAGUGUUGGCUGGGAUUUUACCAUUUAUGUUGGUUGCUGAAUAGUGUUAGAGUCGUUUUUGUAUAUUCUCUUUAUUGCAUCCUUCCUUACUCGCGGAGACACAAUUGAACGCUACAGACAUCGUCAACAUGGUCAACGAUUCCAAAUCGAAUAAGGACUCUUCCGCCCCCUUUUCCAGCUACCAACAUGAGGUCUACAUAGCCGGCACGAAAGGCAUCAAACCCAUCAUGACAACUAACCCCAACCUCUGGGAAGCCGCGGCAAAGCAAGUAAUGGAGCCCAUGAACUUCGACUACGCCAAGGGAGGAGCUGGGGCUGGCGAGACGAUCAGGAAAAACCGCGAAGCGUUUGAUAAAUGGAGCAUCAUUCCCCGGAUGGUGAGGUCGAAUACCAAGCGGUCUCUUAAAGUGAAUGUCCUUGGUCAGGAGUGGCCGGCUCCUGUGGCUAUUGCGCCUGUUGGUGUGAAUAGGAUCUUUCAUCCUGAUGGAGAAAAAGGAGUCGCCCACGCAGCCGGCAAAGUAGGAAUCCCAUACGUGCUCUCCACCUUUGCGUCCGAAAGUCCUGAAGUCGUCGCCCAAGCCCAGGAUAAAGCGGCAGGUCAUGAUAAAAGUAUUCGUUGGCUCCAGCUCUACUGGCCCCAAUCCGUCGACCACGACGUGACACGGUCUAUCCUGCGUCGCGCCAAAGCAGAGCGCUACACAGCCCUCGUCAUCACACUGGAUAUCUUCUCCAUGAGCUGGCGUCCCAUGGACCUCGAUAAUGCCUACCUCCCCCUCUACAAAGGUUACAGUACCGCUCUCGGCUUCACGGAUCCGGUCUUCCGACGUAAAUUCGUAGAAAGGUACGGCCACGAGGCAGACGAGGAUAUCCUCAAGGGCGCAUUCGAGUGGGAGAAUACUAUAUUCCCCAAUCUCGCACAUACAUGGUCAGAGCUCGAGUUCCUACGUAAGGAGUGGGAUGGCCACAUCCUUGUCAAGGGCAUACAGACUGCAACUGAUGCUGAAAUGGCUGUGCAAGCUGGUGUGGACGGUAUUAUUGUCUCUAACCACGGCGGGAGACAGUAUGAUGGCGCGUAUGGUUCUCUGGACGCGUUGCAAGAGAUUGCAGAGGCGGUGGGAGAUCGCGUUGAUGUUCUGUUCGAUAGUGGAAUUCGUACUGGUGCAGACGUGAUGAAGGCUCUUGCGCUCGGUGCAAAAGCUGUGUUUGUUGGUCGACCGGUUAUUUAUGGAUUGGGGGCCAAGGGACAAGAGGGUGCGUUGCAUGUGCUUCGUUGUCUUUUGGCGGAUUUGGAGAUCAACCUUGCUAUUACUGGGGUUCAUAAUGUGGUGGAUUUGAAGCCGAGUGACUUGCGAGGACCUCACUUGAAGGCAUCUCUGUAGUUAGCAGAUAGGUUCUGCUGAGGGUCUAAUUGGUAUUAAAUAGACUGGACACCUUUGUACUGUUCUGAUAGUCAUUGUAAAU